AUGAAACCCUCCCUCUGCGCUUUUGCCGGUCUCGUCGCAGGCCCAGUGGCAGCGCAGAUCCAGCUCUACCAGUAUGGCUUGAACUCCACAGCCACAUUGUCUGCUGGUUGCAGCACCGCUCUCAAGGCAACGCUGCAAUGCGAUCCCUAUCUGUACACCUUGGCCACCAACGACCACUUUGGUUCGCUGGGAAAUAAGACCUUCCAAGACCAGUUGUGCCAGGGAGCCUGCGGAACUUCUUUGACGACAUACCACAAUACAGUUGUCGAGAAGUGUGCCAGCGAUCCUCAGCCAUGGGACGGUGUCCCAGCUGUCUGGGCAGGAGACAUUCUCUGGGCCACCUACAACCGGACUUGUCUUAAAGAUCCUAAGACGAACGUUUACUGUACUGAGGAAAUUGGAGACAUUCAAACCCUGCUGGGAGACACGGAUUCAACUCUGACAACCCUGUCCAAGGAUCAGCUGUGCUCUCCCUGUGUGUUGUCUCUGAUCCAGCAGAUGCAGGCAACGGCUUACUCUAAUUAUGAUGACAGUCAUGUCGCUGACUGGAUCGCCAUCCAGAAGACCUGUCAGACGGGGGCCUUGCCUACCCAGGUCCAACCGCCAGCAACUAACAUUACAGAGGCGCCGGGAGUCGAUUACUCAACCCCGGGGGUCGCUACUGGUCCUCUCAGGACGCUGAACGGUGUUUUCCCGGACGGAUCCAAUCUCCUUGCAGGACAGGUCUUGUGUCUCCCUCGUAAAUGCCAGAUCUACAAAGUCAAAGCCGGGGACACCUGUGCCACCAUUGCUGAUGCAUAUAAUCUCUCCGUCGUGGACCUCGUCACCUACAAUCCUGCCGUCAACCGGGCCUGCUCCAACCUCAUCGCCGACACCAACAUUUGCGUCGGCCCCUCAGGCGCCCAGUACACGCCCACCACCAUCGCCGGCGCCACGGCCACCAAGACCGAUGAGUAUGCCACUUCGACGGUGACGCCCGACGGACCGACGGCCAGCGGCACCACCCUUGAGUGCGGCAAGUACCAUCAGGUCGUGGCCGGCGAUACAUGCGAGCAGAUCUCACUAAAGUUCGCCAUCUCUGCCGCCCUGUUCAUGAAGAUCAACCCGUCCAUCGACCAGGAUUGCUCGUCGCUGCCCCCAGGCGUCUACUACUGCGUCUUCCCCACGGCAGACUGGAACGCCACCGCUUCAGGCAACACCACCACCACCACCACCUCGACCUACGUGACGCCGCCUGCGCCCACGCCCACAGGCACAACGCAGUACUGCUACGCAUGGCACGUCGUGGUCACCGGCGAUCAAUGCUCCACCCUCCAAGCCGUCUUCGGCAUCUCGUUCACGCAACUGCGGACCUGGAACCCCCAGCUCAACGCGGACUGUACUAACCUCCUCCUUAAUGAAGCCUACUGCGUCAAAGGAGACUCAGGCUCACGGCCUACUUCCGUCUCGGUCACCCCGACUUCGGCCUCGGCCACACCGACACCCACUUCCGUCCCUGCGCCGGGCCCAACGCAGACGGGUAUUCCGGCCAACUGCAACAAGUGGGCCAUGCAGGCAAACGGGGUGUUCUGCUACGAUAUGGCUGCGAAGGCGGGGAUCUCGCUCGACGAGCUGUACAAGUUGAACCCUGCGCUGAACGGAGACUGCUCUGGCCUGUGGGCAGGCCAUGCGUACUGUAUCGGGGUGUCGGGAUAG